AUUAGCGUUGUAGAAUGUUUAGAAUGAGCGAAAUGCAGCAUUUCAUUAAUGAAUAGUUUUGUAUGUACUAAAAUAAUGUUAAAACAAAAGUAUUAAAUAAAAUUUUUUUUACAUGGAAUGUGAAACUGAAUAUAUUUGUUCAUUUAACCAUGGCGACAAAGAAAGGAAUUUUAGUACUUGUAUUCUUAAAAGUAUUUUUCAAAAUCCUUUUGAUUGGACUUCCCUCAUUAGUUGAAAUGAAUUUAUCAAAUGUCACUAUAGAAUAUGCCUUAAUGUCAAAUAAGAGCACUACUAGUUUUAAUAAUGCUCAGAAAUAUUUUUCUGUGCUGUCAGCGAAAGAUAAAAACAAUGAGAAUGAAAGUGACUUUUAUAUAGAAUCAAGAAACAAAAGCGUUCAAUAUACGAAACCUUCCACUACAUUGAACAAUUCAUUCAUCAUAGAAGAAGAAACUGAUAAAAUAAAUAAAACUGUAAAACUCGUAUUUUCAAAUGUGGAGGAUGACGAUACGUUUAAAAUGAAAAAAAGUAAUGAAAAAGUUUUUGACAGCUCAUUGGACGACUUUGUCACAGGAAGUUUUGAUGCUGAAGCGAGUAACAUUUUUCCAAUAUUUUUGGUAGAACCUCAAAGUAGCUUCGUGGUAAAAAAUCGCCCAGCAAUUCUUAAAUGUAAAGCAGCUCAUGCAUUACAGGUUCAUUUUAAGUGUAGUGGGAGCUCUCAGCCGCCACCUUCCGUACAUGAAAAACAUGUCGACCCUCACACUGGUGUUCAUUUAGAGGAAGUAACAGCCACUAUCGGUCGCGAUUUAGUUGAUGAAUUCUUUGGAAAAGGACCAUUCAAAUGUGAUUGUCUAGCAUGGUCAUCCAGAGGUGUUCUUAAAAGUCAAACAGCUACCAUAACUAUAGCAUAUAUUCGUAAACAGUUCUUGACUUCACCAACUUCUUUAAAAGUGGAAAUUGGCUCUCGAGUUGAAUUUUACUGCGAACCUCCACCUGGUUUGCCGACACCAAAGAUUACGUGGUAUAAAAAUAAUGUACCUAUUAGCAAUGCAAGUGACAAAGGAUUUUUAAUUUCGCUGUCGGGUACACUAGCAAUUCAACAAGGUUCCUUACAGGAUAACGCCAAUUAUAGCUGUGGUGCUGAAAAUAUCGCUGGGAAAAGGAUAUCAGAUGCUGCAACUUUAAUUGUAUAUGUAAAUGGUGGAUGGAGUGCUUGGAGUCAUUGGCGUGAUUGUAAAUGUGGUGCGAAUAUAGGUAAAGGAAAGAAAAGAUCUCGUUCGUGUAACAAUCCAAAACCAAUAAAUGGUGGGGAACAAUGUACUGGUCGUCAAGUUGAAAAAUCUGUAGAUUGUAUUACGUGUUCUGAUGAUUUCAAGUUUAUGGAAAAUGAGAACCCUGAUUUGUAUUUCAACAAACGUGGAAAAUGGUCUUCAUGGACGGAAUGGAGCUUGUGUUCGGCUGAGUGCUUACAAUAUAGAACAAGAAAAUGUAUUAUAAGUAAUGGUGAUAGAGCAACAUCCGAAGAAUUUUACUUGGGAUUAAACAAUAACGAACUGAGUGCUGUUAAAGCUAAUAAACUGUAUUGUCUGGGAAAGGAUAUUCAAACAGCAGAAUGCCGAGGAAAUCAAUGCAAAACUUACGACUUGGAUUCUGAUUGGUCUUUCUACAUUGGAUUUGCUUUUAUUUUACUUGUGUGUUUUGUGUUUGGAAUUAUUAUAAUAUGCUACAGUCGGAGAAAUAUAAAUUUUCACCAUAACUACAACAUGACUCAAACUGAAGAUAUUUUAGACAAAAAAUCUGUUCGAAUUCAUAAUGAUUCAGUGAACGAAUGCUACGAUUACAUAAGCACUGAUCAAAGGUUCAUUAUAAAUGGAAAUCCUGGGUAUAGAAUGACAGAGCAUCACUAUGAUGUGCCAAAUUUAACAAAUUACGCUAAUCCAAUUGAUGAGCUAGAUAUCAGCAAUCUCUCUGAAAGCGUAGACUCUACAAAUAUAGUAGUAGUGAAAUCAAACGUCGACUUAAAAAAAAUGGAAACUAUUUCAUCCGUAGCUAAAAACGAAACAAAUGAAGAACUGGGUAGGAAUGGUGGUGAUUUAAAAUUAUAUAAUGGAGAAAUUAUACUCUAUGUACCAGAUCUCGCUUUAGGAAAAACCGAAAAGAAGCUCAUAUCACUUACAUUGCUUGGUGAUGAGAGUUUUCGAGUAUCAAAUCCAAUUACAGACUCUUUUCUACUUUGCUCCGCAAUAGUUCAUUGCACUCCACAAAAUUUUAAUUUUUUGAAACCUGUCAUAUUAAAAAUUCCCCAUUGUCUCCUAAAUUAUGACCUUUGGAGUGUGAAUGUCUUUCAUGCCGAUAACGAACUUGAUGAUAUUAAUAUAACUUGGCGUAAAAUUAUUAUUGUGGGAGAGGAAACAAUUAACACUCCCGUUUUCGUGCAAGUUGAGCAGAGACAUAUAUAUAUUAUGACAGAGCAGUUGGGACGAUUCGCAGUUACUGCACGUCCAAAAUCUGACUUAUGUACUAAUCCUUCAAUUAAAAUGAAAUUAUUAGCAUUUAGCCAACUAGCACCAAAUAGCACUAAUAGUAGUUUACGUAUAUAUGUGGUUAGAGAUCUUCCUAAUAAUAAAGACCUUUGUACAAAUAUUGAAUUACAAUUAGGCGGAACGUUUAUGGGACAAAGUGAUACAUUCGCUUUCUUUUUAAAUAAAUGUAGUUUAAAUAUUAGAGUUUGCAGUCAAGAUAAGGAAAAAAUAAAUUCAGCCAUUCACGUACAUACAAUUCCUUACAACCAUAUUCUUAAUAAUUGCUCAAUUUUACAUUGCGAGUUUAAUUUUAAACAAGAUGAACUCCUACAAAUGUCGUCUGAAUAUUGUGUAGACUUUGGACAAAGUGAUGACACAUAUAGCCACGAAAACAUACAGUCUUUUAUCUUAUCCAAAAACGAGCAUAUAAAUGAUGCGCAUACGAGUUGGCUAACUACGAUAUCCUUAGAUCAUCAAGGAAAUUUUGUGAAUGAUGCAGUUGCAACUAGCAUAACUCCAUUACCUCGCACAGCAAAACGUUUGAUUUGCACAGCUCUGGAUCCACCACGUUCAGACGAAAAUGAUUGGCGAAUGUUGGCAAAAAAACUAAAUACCGAUCAUUAUAUUGCCUACUUUGCAACGAAGCCCUCACCUACCGAACAAAUUUUAAAUUUGUGGGAAUGUAAAGAAAACAAUGCAUUGAAGAGUAUUACAAAGCUUUUACUUAUUUUUAAGGAAAUGGGCAGGCAAGAUGUAAUUGAUAUUAUUACCGAAUCUAUUGGGCCGCUAUGGAUCUGACUUAAAUUUACUGAAACUUAUUUUUGUAGUUGCCUUUUAUUUAAAAUUUUUUAAGAUAAGAUUAUAAGAUUGAAAUAAAAAUGAAAAAUGUUGAAAAUCA